UUUAACCUCACCCUUUAUAGCUAAUUUUAAUAUCCCCACGACUUUUACCUUUGGAGGGUAUAUAAGCUUAUGGGGGAUGUGAUCAGAGUACAAGACGGAGGGAGAACCAAACAUGGCUGAGGAAUAUGUACCGGAUUUAAUUCCAACCUCCCUUUCGGCUGAAACAACUUCUUCCUCACAGAUGACCACCACACCCUAUGCCCCCCAGAUGACCACUAAAUCCAAUGUCCCCGAGAUGACCACCAUAUCCAAUGUCCCCCAGAUGUUCACCACACCUUAUGCCCUCCAGAUGACCACCACACCCUAUGCCCUCCAGAUGACCACGACACCCAAUGUCCCCCAGAUGACCACCACAUCCAGAAAAUCAAAGUUGUGAAAUAAAACUUUUGUUAGUCUCUUGACUGCAGUCUACUAUGCUACUGGGAUCAGUACUUUUAUAUAAAAAAGUAACCUGAGUAAAAGAAAAAAAAACUAAACAAAUCUGGUCGAUGUCAA